CAACGGAAGACGAAACAAAGCCGUCGCUGUAUUACGUUUUGCUGCACCUGCCCCUCUCCUCCCCUCCCCUCCUCUCCUCUCCUCUCCUAUCCUAUCAGAUUCUUCUCCUCUCUCUCUCUCUCUCUCUCCAUAAUUGUGCGCAUGGCGGAAUCCGUGGAGCUACCUGGUCGUCUGGCCAUUCUCCCUUUCAGGAACAAGGUCUUGUUGCCUGGUGCCAUCAUUCGAAUUCGAUGCACUUCUCCUAGCAGUGUGAAAUUGGUGGAGCAAGAGUUAUGGCAGAGGGAGGAGAAGGGGCUAAUUGGGAUUUUGCCCGUUCGAGAUCCUGCUGAGACAACUGUAGUGGGGCCCAUGUUAUCCGCAGGUGCAGGAACUGAUUCUGGUGAGCGAUCUUCAAAAAUUCAACUUGGUUCUUCAGACUCUCACAAGCUGGAUGGGAAAAAUCAGCAGGACAUCAUUCAUUGGCACAGCAGGGGAGUUGCAGCCCGAGCUUUACAUUUGUCAAGAGGUGUUGAGAAGCCGAGUGGGAGAGUCACGUAUACUGUUGUCCUUGAGGGCUUGUGCAGAUUCAGUGUACAGGAACUUAGUACUAGAGGAACAUAUUACACUGCGAGGAUUUCUUCUCUUGACAUGACAAAGGCUGAGAUGGAGCAAGUAGAGCAAGAUCCAGACUUUAUAGCAUUGUCUCGCCAGUUCAAAGCUAUUGCCAUGGAACUCAUCGCAAUUCUUGAGCAGAAACAAAAAACUGGUGGACGAACAAAGGUACUUUUGGAGACAGUUCCUGUUCACAAAUUGGCGGACAUAUUUGUUGCUAGUUUUGAAAUGAGUUUUGAAGAGCAGCUGUCCAUGUUGGAUUCGGUUGAUCUGAAAGUAAGGAUUUCAAAAGCUACUGAAUUAGUGGACAGGCAUUUACAGUCAAUACGUGUAGCAGAGAAGAUUACACAGAAGGUUGAAGGCCAGUUGUCAAAGUCACAGAAAGAAUUUCUUCUGCGUCAGCAGAUGAGGGCCAUAAAAGAGGAGCUUGGUGACAAUGAUGAUGAUGAUGAUGAUAUGGCCGCCCUGGAAAGAAAGAUGCAGAGUGCUGGAAUGCCUUCAAGUAUCUGGAAGCAAGCACAGCGGGAGUUGAGGAGGCUUAAAAAGAUGCAACCUCAGCAACCUGGCUACAACAGUUCACGUGUUUAUUUGGAGCUUCUUGCUGAUCUGCCUUGGCAGAAGGCAAGCGAAGAAUGCGAAUUAGACCUGAAAGCUGCAAAAGAGUGUCUUGACAAUGACCACUAUGGUUUAGUCAAAGUCAAGCAACGAAUAAUUGAAUAUCUGGCUGUUCGCAAGCUCAAACCAGAUGCAAGAGGACCAGUGUUGUGUUUUGUUGGUCCACCAGGUGUUGGAAAAACAUCUUUGGCAUCAUCCAUUGCUACUGCUUUGGGAAGAAAGUUUGUGCGCAUAUCCCUUGGUGGUGUUAAGGAUGAAGCUGAUAUUAGGGGGCACAGAAGGACGUAUAUUGGAAGCAUGCCAGGGCGUCUGAUUGAGGGUUUAAAGAGAGUAGCUGUUAGAAAUCCAGUUAUGCUGCUGGAUGAGAUCGACAAAACAGGUUCUGAUGUUCGUGGGGAUCCAGCUUCAGCGCUCCUGGAGGUUCUUGAUCCUGAACAGAACAAAGCAUUUAAUGAUCACUAUUUGAAUGUUCCUUUUGAUCUUUCAAAUGUGAUUUUUGUGGCGACGGCAAAUAGGGUACAGCCUAUUCCUCCAGCACUCUUAGACAGGAUGGAAGUCAUUGAGCUGCCUGGUUAUACACCUGAGGAAAAACUUAGAAUCGCCAUGCAACAUUUAAUACCACGAGUUCUGGAUCAACAUGGCCUGAGUUCUGAGUCCCUUCAAAUUCCUGAGGAUAUGGUGAAACUUGUCAUUCAAAGAUAUACUCGGGAAGCUGGUGUUCGGAAUUUGGAGAGGAAUAUAGCUGCCUUGGCUCGUGCGGCAGCUGUAAGAGUUGCAGAGCAAGAAUGUAAUGUUCCACUCAAUAAAAAUAUGCACCCGCUUGCUUCUCCGCUUCUAGAUAGCAGACUUGCUGAUGGAGCUGAGGUGGAAAUGGAAGUCAUUCCAAUGGGUAUUAACAAUCAUGAGGUAUCAAAUGCAUUCAGGCUUGCUUCGCCUAUGGUGGUGGACGAGGCCAUGCUGGAAAAAGUUCUGGGGCCUCCAAGGUUUGAUGACAGUGAAACUGCAGACCGUGUAGCCACUCCAGGAAUAUCUGUCGGGCUUGUUUGGACUGUUUUUGGUGGAGAGGUUCAGUUUGUUGAGGCUACAUCAAUGGUGGGAAAGGGUGAUCUACAUCUCACAGGACAACUUGGAGACGUUAUCAAAGAAUCAGCACAGAUAGCAUUAACAUGGGUAAGAGCAAGGGCAGCAGAUCUUAAGUUGGCAGCUGCACAGGAAUCCAACCUGUUAGAGGGUCGUGAUAUACAUAUACAUUUUCCUGCUGGGGCUGUGCCUAAGGAUGGACCAUCAGCAGGUGUGACUUUGGUAACAUCACUGGUUUCUCUGUUCAGUCAGAAAAAAGUUAGAGCAGACACGGCAAUGACUGGAGAGAUGACUUUAAGGGGUCUUGUAUUACCCGUUGGUGGUAUAAAGGACAAGAUAUUGGCAGCGCACCGUAAUGGAAUCAAAAGAGUUAUCCUUCCAGAGAGGAACAUAAAGGACCUAGUUGAAGUACCAUCAGCAGUGCGUGCUAGUCUAGAGGUAUUUUCUCUUUUUCUUUCCUAUUUGUGCCCAAGUUGUUUCUCCAAUAUGAGAAUGCAUGCGAAAUCAAGUCUUGGACAUCCACUUCCAUAGUUUUUCAUGUAAUGAGUUCUAGACAGGAUUUCACUUCAGAAGGAUAAAUUUUUCUUUUUCUUUUUCAGAAAAGCUUCAAAGAAUGUUUGAGAAACAGAAAAAUACUUAUUCCAUGUUUGAGAAACAGAAAAUACUUAUUCCUUUGCAUGUGGAUUUAAAUAAAAGAAAUUGUACGUGCUAUACUGGCUUUUGGUGAGAACAUUUGGAGCAUCUUGAUUCUUGACAUGGUUUCUACUUGAAAAGUCUGUUUGAAAAGUUAAAGCCAGACGAAUGAAUCUUGUUUUUCUGCAACCCCUUAGACACAAUGACCUCCUGAAGGUUUCUUUUCCUGAAGUUGCCACAUACUUGAAUUCAAUUUUGUUGUCAGGGUUCUCUCUCUUUGAGAAUUGGAAUGUGCGCCAAGUCCCAAAAUAAUUUGUCAUAUAUUCUCACUCUCAUUUUGCCUUAACAGAUAAUUCUUGUUAAGCGCAUGGAAGAUGUAUUAGAACAGGCUUUUGAAGGUGGGUGCCCCUGGAGGCAACACUCAAAGUUAUGACAGGAUCCUUGGCCUUGUUUAUGUAAGAAAUAGCUGCCAAUGAAGAAUCAUUUUGCUCACAACAUAUGCUGGGAAUGCAGACUUCUGUUUGUACAGGAACUGCAAUGGGCUAUCGGAGGUUUGAAGAAAUCCAAACUUGAACUGGUCAUCUCCUCCUUUAAUUGUGAAAAAGGGAUCAGUCAUUCGUGUCUCCAACUUGAGCUCCCAACAUAUUUUUGGUUCAUACUUAUGUUUAUUCCUGCCAAGAUGUAUUUACCAUGGGCAAUGUACUGAUUUGCUGUUAUUUAUUUAUUUUAAAUACUUGUAAGAAUAUACUGUGCUGUCUAUAAGUUAAUAUUUAACCUGAGCAAGGGAUUUUUGCUAUUUUGCUGAAAGUUUGCACUUAAUUUAAUGAAAAAAAAAAUGAGUGCAUUUAGUUUA